GUAGAGCGAGGAGGGGGGUUGGUGGCUGUUGAUGUGCAAAUGUGCAUCAUGUUGAAGGGCUGUGAAUGGGGAGGUGUGACGUAAAAAGGGACCCGAACGCAGGUGCUUAUCUCGAGGCUGUCAAAGGCACAGUAUGUCAUAUUCCUGGGGACUACCUUUCAAAGCCACAGCACCAGCUCAGCUAUCAAGAGACUGGGAGAAAAUCAAACUUUUUGGAUCACAGCACUAGAUGGAUUCUGAAGGUGAGGAGCAAACCCUGAAAACAUGUAACAGUAGCACAGGGCUGGCCAACUGCAUCACCGAGACUCACAGCCCAUAUGGGUCCAUGGCGAGGAAGAGGAGUGCUCAGGAAGGGGUGCAGGGCGCCCCCGUCAACAAGAGAAAGUCCCUGCUGAUGAAGCCCCGCCACUACAGCCCCAGCGAGGCAUGUGAAGAGGAGAGCGAGGACCUGGCACCGCCACAGGACAAAGAAGAGCUGAGGAACAUUGACACUCCAGCAGAUGGAAACUUAAGUGCAAUCAAUGGAGUUACCUACAAAAAUGGCUGCCACGACGCGGCAGCAAAGUCCAGUGAUUCUCUCGGAUGGUCAGAAGUGACAUCCGAUGGCUCUCCGCAGUGUGAGCCGGACACAUCUGAACCUCUCAUGGAUGAAGAUGAAGAGGAGCUCCUUAACAAUGAAAGAGAAGACCAAAGUCAGGACAGGAUGAGUGGUACGUCAUCGCCACAGAGUCCAUAUGAAAACAUGAGGGAGGCCGAGUGGGAGCCUCUGUCUCUGUCCGCCAAGGUGAACGGCUCCAACUGCAGCCCCUCCGGAGCCUCCGAAGACCUUUCAGGCAGGAACGGCAUUGUGAAAGAGGAGCCUCAGUCAGAGUUAGGUGGUCCGAUGGGUAGGGUGAGUAUUUUUCAAGCUGAGGCUCUGAGAUACAGGCCGCUCCCCACAGAGGAGGACAGUGAAGGGGAAGCAGAGGCGGAGAGGCCACCUCAGCUGGACGGCUGGGCUCUGGGCCUCCACGAAAGAGGCCUGGACAUGGGCCGAGGGAGGGUGAACUUCAGCCUGUUGGAGCAGGCCAUAGCUCUGCAGACAGAGCAAAGACAGGUCCUGCACCAUGCCUACAGGGAGAUGGACCGGUUCCUCAUGGAGCAGAUGACCAACGACAGGAGGCACCAUAGGAUGAUGGAGAUGGACAGUAGACUAAACUAUCACGGAGGAAAAGAUUCUCCACGCACAGAUAAAAAGGACAUAAAGUGUCCAACUCCUGGCUGCGAUGGCACUGGUCAUGUGACCGGCCUGUACCCACAUCACAGGAGUUUGUCUGGGUGUCCUCAUAAAGUCCGAGUUCCUCCAGAGAUCCUGGCCAUGCAUGAGAACGUCCUCAAGUGCCCUACACCCGGAUGCACAGGAAGAGGCCAUGUCAACAGCAACCGUAGCACCCACCGGAGCCUCUCAGGCUGCCCCAUCGCUGCUGCAGUGAAAGUCUCCAAACCUCAGGACGAGAGCCUGAAAUGCAGACAAACACCUGACCGCUCACCGAGAGCCAUCGGCUUGAUAAAGAAGUUCGAGAUGAACCAGCUGAACUACAGGCUCUCUCAUCCAGUAGCAGCCUUGCAAACGAGCCUCACAAAAGACAUGGACAAGUACAGCAGAAUCCGCUUUGAUUACGCCAGCUUUGAUGCACAGGUCUUCGGCAAACAGCCUCUGAUGGGGACCAACCAGGACCAGGAAAUGUCACAUUUCCCCGAUUCACCUCAGCAGUAUCCUGGCUUCCUUGGUGCUCCAGGUGGCCGCUUGCCCACCUCUGGUCAACACAGCCCGCCGAGUCAAUUCAGAAAAGAAGACGGUCUCCAAGCGGCAGCAGCGACAGCCGCCAUCCUUAACCUCUCCACUCGCUACCGGAAGAACAUGGAGGCUGUCGCCGGCCGGCCCUUGGCAACCUCCACAAAGGACAUGCUCAUAGAGGUGGAUGAAAAUGGCACCUUGGACUUGAGUAUGAAGAAGUGCAAGGAAAAUGUAAAAGCCCCGACAAAGACACCUUUGGACGACCCGCUGUCCCCUUCUGAGUCCAGCGCGGCCAAAGGCGGGAGCGUGCUCAUCAGCCCCGCCUUCUACCAGCCGCUGUGUGAGAGAGACAGCUGGGAGAGCCCCGUCCCUGUCAACUUCAGCAAAGCACACGCUUUACAGGACGCAGAGGAGGAUUACGAUCAUGCCUCCUUGGAGGACCAACACUACCAAGGAGACGGCAGCAUGAUGAGCCCCAAAGCCAAGCUGCUAUUACGAGACGCAAAGAAAGAGCUUCUGAGCUGUCCGACCCCAGGCUGUGACGGCAGUGGCCAUGUGACGGGGAAUUAUGCAUCACAUCGGAGUGUGUCUGGAUGUCCCCUGGCUGACAAGACACUCAAAUCACUGAUGGCAGCCAACUCUCAGGAACUAAAGUGCCCAACACCUGGUUGUGAUGGAUCUGGACAUGUGACUGGGAACUAUGCUUCGCACAGAAGCUUGUCAGGAUGUCCACGUGCCAGAAAGGGAGGUUUGAAGCUCACACCAAACAAGGAUGACAAAGAUGAGCAAGAGCUUAAGUGUCCAGUAAUGGGAUGUGACGGACAGGGCCAUAUAUCGGGAAAAUACACAUCCCAUCGCAGCGCAGGCAGUUGUCCGCUUGCUGCCAAAAGACAGAAGGAGUCGUCCAUCAAUGGGCUGCCCUUUGCCUGGAAGACCAAUAAACAGGAACUGCCCCAUUGUCCCUUGCCUGGCUGCAAUGGCCUUGGACAUGCCAAUAAUGUGUUUGCCACUCACAGAAGCUUGUCGGGUUGCCCACUGAACGCACAGAGCAUCAAGAAAAAGCACUCGGAAGACGAGAUGAUGACCAUCAAACUGAAAGCCAGCAGUGGUGUUGAAAACAAAGAAGAUAUUCAACAUUUGGAUCAUGAAAUUAAGGAACUGAAUGAAUCCAACAUGAAAAUAGAAGCAGAUAUGAUGCAACUUCAAACCCAGCAGAUCUCGUCUAUGGAAUGUAACCUGAGGACAAUUGAAGAGGAGAACAAGAUGAUCGAACAGCACAACGACAGCCUUCUGAAGGAGCUCGCUCGCCUUAGCCAAGCUCUCAUUAACAGUCUAACAGACAUUCAGCUGCCUCAAAUGGGACCCAUCAGUGAGCAUAAUUUUGAAGCCUAUGUGAACACAUUAACUGAUAUGUACAACAACUCGGAGCAUGAAUACUCUCCAGAGUGCAAGGCCCUCUUGGAUAAUAUCAAACAGGCUAUUAAGGGCAUCCAUGUUUAAGCUGUAGAGCUACCAAGAGGUUUCUUUGACUUGGGAUAAUGGCACUAGAUAGCUCUAUUUUACUGAAGAGUGCUGGCUUGGCUGCAUGUAUAAGACAAGGCUUUUGGAAAUGUGUUUGGCAUUUCCCGGUAAAUACACUGCACUGAGAAAAUUACCAGCCAGAUUUGUAAUGCUUUUACUGUUUCUGCAUUCACUUGAUAUGUUUAUCCUGGUGAGAUUUUUACCCCUCUUGCACUUAAUUAUUUUGUAUGGUUUGCUUGAUUUUAAUCUGUAUGUGUUCAUGUCAUUCUUAUAUUAUCGCUAUUUAUUAUUAUAUUUGUUCAUCAGUGUAUUUAUUUCCUCGAUUUUUAUUUAUUUCUUGAAUUGUAAAUGCUUAAUAUUUGAGAAAAUCUGUUUGACUUUCUGCACAUUGUAAAUUUACAUAGAAGCACAUUCCAGUUUCAUGGCAUACUUUCGCCAUCUAGUGUUGAAAAACUUAUAUUAUUAUUAUUAUUAUUAUUAUUAUGAUUAUUAAACCAUGAGUUGGAUCUCUCUUCAAAGUAAAAACCUACCAAAACGACUAAGCAUCGAUAUUUUUAAGCAUUGCUUUUGCUUUCUUUAUUGGAAACUGAAUGUAUGGCAAGACAAAGUGAACACUGAGAUCAAAAAAAAAAAAAAAAAAAGAUGCAAUGCACC